AUCUUUGACCCUGGAUCUGCAUGACGUUUCCGUUUCUGACUUUUUCUGACUGAUAGAAAAGUUUAGCCUCAACUCAAUUUGCCUAGAAAAAGGCAACACUGCUGCUGUUCCUUAGGACCUAGUUAGGCACGAAAAAUGGCGACUUUGUUCCCUCGUUCUCUUGGCCUUGCUGAAAAUUUAUUUUUAAAAAAUGGACCUAAGAUACUGGCCACAACAUCAGGUAGCAGGCUACCAAAUAAACAACAGGUCAGACAUCUAAAUGUCCAUGAAUAUAUCAGCUAUACAUUACUGCGUGAUCAUGGCAUACCUGUUCCAAAAUUUAAUGUUGCAAAAACCAAGGAAGAUGCAGUUAAGUUUGCUACUGAACUCAACACCAAAGAUAUUGUACUCAAAGCACAGGUCCUUGCGGGAGGUCGUGGAAGGGGAUCAUUUAAAAAUGGUCUUAAAGGAGGUGUUCGCAUGGUUGAUAGUCCACAAGUUGCGGGUGAUAUUGCUGGUAAAAUGUUGAAACAAUACUUGGUGACCAAACAGACAGGGGCAGCUGGUCGUAUUUGUAACAUGGUAAUGGUUACUGAGAGAAAGUUCCCUCGCAGGGAGUUCUACGUAGCUAUCAUGAUGGAACGUAGUUUCAAUGGACCUGUGAUAAUAGCAUCAUCACAAGGUGGUGUGAACAUCGAGGAUGUUGCUGCAGAGAACCCUGAUGCCAUCACCUAUGAGCCCAUUGAUAUUAUGCAGGGCAUCACAGAUGAACAAAUAUCCCGAGUUGUCAAGAAGAUUGGACUCGGUGAUCAGGGGGAGGAAGCUCACGGAUUGAUUAAAAAAAUGUAUGAUCUGUUUUUAAAAAAAGAUGCCCUACUGAUUGAAGUGAACCCUUAUGCGGAAGAUGCACUUACUGGCAAAUACUUCUGUUUGGAUGCCAAGUUCCGUUUCGAUGACAAUGCAGAUUUUAGACAGAAGGAAUUAUUUGCUCUGAGAGAUAUCACUCAGGAGGAUCCAAAGGAAAUUGAGGCAGCCAAGUUUAAUCUCAAUUAUAUUGCUCUUGAUGGUAACAUUGGGUGCAUGGUGAACGGAGCGGGGCUGGCCAUGGCCACCAUGGACAUCAUCAAGCUGUACGGCGGAGACCCCGCCAACUUCCUCGACGUGGGCGGCGGCGCCACCGCACAGGCUGUCUCCGAGGCGUUCAAGAUCAUCCUGUCCGACCCGAAGGUGUCUGCCAUCCUGGUAAACAUCUUCGGCGGCAUCAUGCGCUGCGACGUGAUCGCGGAGGGCAUCGUCACCGCCGCCAAGAACCUCAACAUACAGAUACCGGUCAUCGUGCGUCUGCAGGGUACGAAGGUGAACGAGGCCCGCAAGCUGAUAGCGGAGUCGGGGCUGCGCAUCGUGCCGCGCGACGACCUGGACGAGGCGGCGCAGCUCGUGGUGCAGCUCUCUGAGAUCGUGGCGCUCGCCAAGAAGGCCGGCGUCGAGGUGAAGUUCGACAUACCGCGAUACAUGAUCGACCAGUAGACUACAACGUACCCGGGCAAAUGUAUAGUAACCAAAGUCUUUUAAAAUAUCUUACCCGCUCAGUCAUGAGACCGUGAUUAAGAGCAGGUGAGAUAUGUGACAUGUUCUAUACCUUGUGUGCUUUUUAAAUAUUUUAUCGUAGGACAUUAUUGGGCGCAUAAAGCUUAAUUAUCUAGUUUUGUCAGUUAAUUGUCUAAAGCUUUUGGUAUCAAGCAAUUUGUUAGUGUUGUGACUAUUAAAAAUGUAUUUGACAUAAGUUCGUUGCUUGAUAAGCUAUUUGCGCGUGUAUCGUUAAAGGUUACCUCUCACUAACAAUGUUAAACACUAUCAUUUGCCUCGGACGACAGUAUUAGGUAUUUUCAUCCUAUUUAAUCUCACUUAGAUUGUUUCGAAUACUAAUCGUGUAAUUCAUUUUUGCUUACUUUGUAUAGAUUCGCAAGCGAAUUAUUUAUUGUAUUAUUGCAAUUGUAAACUUAAGGAUACAUUGUGAAUUGUAUUAUUUAUUUAAUAGUAGAAAUGUAAACACAUACACGUUGAUCAUUGGUUCAGGGUAUUUGAGACAUUUUUAGUGUUGCCAUUAUUAAAUUAUUUCAUUGUCUUUGGUAGAUUUUGCUGUGUUGAUUGAAAUUUUAUUUUUGUUUAGUUUACAACAUACAACUAAAACGAUAUGCCAAAUGAAAAUCAUCAUAUUUCAGUAUAAUUUCUAUCUUAUUUAUUGAGUCAACGCUAGGAAUAAGUAGAUAUUUUUUUAAUAGUUAAUUUGAAGUAUAAUAAUAUAUUACUGUACUACAUUCUACGCCAUUUACGAUCCGAUCCACGGUUUGUGCAAGUUUUGUAACAUUUUGUAUGUUUACAAAUAAGUAAAGUUGUAGAAUGCUAGUGCCACUUGUAUUUAUUUUGCAUAGUAUUAAAUGUUAAAAGACGUUAAUCCUGUCAGUUGUAAUUUAUAUCGAUAUUAAAAUAUAUUUGCAAUACUCUAAUACCCACAGUAUAAUUGUUUUUAAUAAUUGUAUUUAUGUACAUUGUUUGUAGAUACAAUUUGUUGUAGUAUUGAUGUUCAGUUUAUUGGAAACAAAGUACAAUAUGUACGUACCGUGAUUUAUUUAGUAACGUAUUAUUGUUGUUACAAGUAAUAAAUUCAUAACAUUACAUCCAA